AUGCCGGCGGGGCUUGGUAGGUUGAGCCAUGCUUCCCUCCCCUCAGAUCACGCUACGCCUGACGGCAUCGCUCCUCCGCUGUCGCGGAGACAUGCAACAGUGGUGUUUCCGGUGCCAACGCUUUUGACGUCGCCAGCACCGCGAACCGCAGAUGACGCAAGCCAAGAGGCCAUCAAGACUCCCAGGCCCAGUGCCUCGCUUUACGGCAGAGCGUCCAGGGACUUGGCCAAAGUCGCCGAGGACUCCGCUGCUGUCCAGCUGCAAGAGGAGCUUCGUGGCAUUUCCCGGCAGUUGGAGCUCAUGGGCUCCAGGCAGGUGGAUUGGUGCGCACUGAAGCGGCGGCUCUUCCUGCUCAUCGCAGAGGUGGAGAGGCAGAUGGUGCAGCAGGGUCCGCAGGGCUUCUCGCGCGACUUGACGCCGUCUCCGUCUCCUGGAGCAUUGCGAUCUGCUCUGGAGGUGAGGGACGAAGAUGUGGAGGGGCCUUUGGCCGAUGUCAGCUUCGCUCGGCCUGGGGCAUUGGCACUGCGGCCACAGGCACCAAACUCCCUGUGCUCUGACAGCUCCCGCUCCGGCUCCAAGCCUCGUGUCCUCGUCCUGGGCUCGAGCUAUUUGGGCUCUGAGGUUUUGCAAGAACUUUCCAAAGGCUGGGAAGUUCAGGGCUUGUGCAGCAGCCCGAUCGGGCCAGCUUGGAGUCUUCUGGACAUGGGCCUCAGCGGUGAGCUGCAGAGCCAUCUACAACGAUUCCAGCCGCAAGCCGUCGUGAACUGUCACACCUCUGCGGCCUUGUUGGAGCUGGAGUCCGAGUCUUCAGAGUCAGCCGAGAAGGAUGCUCGGUCCCGUGAGGUCUUGGCCUUCCUGGCUUCGCUGGCGACAGCUUGCGCGGCCUGGCAGAUCUUCCUCCUCCACUUGAGCUCCGAUGCCGUCUUUGGCAAAACCGGGACCCAGCCUGCUGCUGCUGCUGCUGCUGCUGCUCAGAGCGUGGAUGCCGAGCCGAAGCCCUGCACACCGCUGGGAUGGCGCACCCUGGCCGCGGAGCAGGAGGUGCUCAGCCGCAGCCGCGCUUCUGCGGUGCUGCGUCUGCCACUGCUUUGGGAUGGCCCGGGGGGCCCCGUGCUGUCGCUGGAGGAGUCUGCGAGUCGCCUGCUAUCGGAGCUGAGACGAGGGGUUCGCGAGUUCGAAGACUGGCAGCGCUGCUACCCCACCCGAGCGGUGGAGGCGGCCUCCAUUGUCGCCAACCUGCUUCAGUUGACCUGCAUGGGACAAGUGGAGCAGCGGCCGCGGGGUAUCUACCACUGGCAAGGCAGCGACCAACUCACACAAUUUCAGAUGGCCCAAUGUGUAGCCGAGGUUUCAGGCAUGAAAGUCUUCCUGCAGCCAGCGCGGCAUCCAAGCAAACUGUGGAAGAGCUGCUGCCUGGACUGUUCCCGGACUGUGCGCACCAUCCGUGUACCACGAACAAUCCCCAUCAUCCACAGCUUGCGUUUGUGCUUGCCGGCCACGCAGCGGGAGCAGCACGUUUAG